CGGGUCGUCCGUCUCGCGCACGGCAGCGUGUCUCACACAGGAAGUGACCGUCCGCGGAUCAGCAGCUGACCGCCGCUCCUCCGGACCAGGACUGGGGGUUUCUCACUGUCUACAGGGGUCCGCGCUCAUCCCGUGGGGGGCUGUGGGGGGGUUCGUGCUCCGGAUCCGCCCCGGAGAGGUCCCGCUGUCUGCUCGGGGAAACACGGACGAAGCUCGGCUCGGAGCCUCCAGUGUUCAGAUCCGGAAAACCAGCAUGAAGACGUCCAGGUGUUCCCAUGGAGCUGAGGUGGAGGCGAGCUGAGCCGGCCCCCUCCAUGCGGACCUCCCCAGUGUGAGCUGCCUUCAGGUGCCUGUUCCUGCCUGCCUGCCUGCCUGCAUGUGUGUGUCCCGGGCACGCCGCCUCCACAUGGCCCCCGUUCCUCCUGGGAUCCGCCUGCUGGCCUCAUUCAACCGGGAACAAUGGUACAGAGCCCUCACCUUCAUCCUCACCUUCCUCCUGUACACCAGCUUCCACCUCUCCAGGAAGCCUAUCAGCAUCGUCAAGAGCGAGCUCCAUAAGAACUGCUCGUCCCUCAGCGAGUCGUCCAGCGUGUCGUCCGGCCUGAACCCCGACGUGCUCAAGCUGCGCUCAGACUGCGGCUGGAAGCCUUUCGAUAAAAGCAACUACAAGCAGCUGCUGGGAGCCAUGGAUUACUCCUUCCUGUGUGCGUACGCGGUGGGGAUGUAUCUGAGCGGCAUCAUCGGGGAGCGCCUCCCCAUCCGCCUGUACCUGACGGCGGGCAUGCUGAGCAGCGGCCUCUUCACCUGCCUGUUCGGACUGGGCUACAUCUACAACAUCCACAGCCUGAGCUUCUACGUGCUCGUCCAGGUGGCUAACGGUCUGGUGCAGACCACCGGCUGGCCCAGCGUGGUGACCUGCAUCGGGAACUGGUUUGGAAAGGGAAGGCGUGGACUCAUCAUGGGACUGUGGAACUCGCACACGUCUGUGGGGAACAUCCUGGGCUCGCUGAUCGCAGGAUAUUACGUCUCCUCCAACUGGGGCCUGUCGUUCAUCGUACCGGGGCUCAUCAUCGCGGCGAUGGGCCUGGUCUGCUACCUCUUCCUCAUCGAGCAUCCCAGCGACCUGAAAAGCAUCUAUGCUGAAAGUGCAUCUCAGACCUGUUCUAAACGGCAGAAUGGACUGAACGGAAACUCGGAGGUUUAUGUCCAGUACAAAGACAGCAGGAAGCAGAGCUACGACACGGAGCUGCUGCUGCCGCAGGACAGCGUGUGUCUCCCGCUGCAGCCGGUGGUGGUGGUGAAAAGCAGCGCCGAGCCGUCGGCCAUCAGCUUCAUGGGAGCUCUGCGGAUACCUGGAGUCAUCGAGUUCUCUCUGUGUCUGCUGUUCGCAAAGCUGGUCAGCUACACCUUCCUGUUCUGGCUGCCGCUGUAUAUCACCAAAGCAGCAAACCUGGAUGCAAAGACGGCCGGAGAUCUCUCCACCCUGUUCGAUGUGGGAGGAAUUGUGGGCGGGGUCCUGGCGGGAGUCAUCUCAGAUAAAUUGGGGAAGCGAGCCUCCACCUGUGCGGUCAUGCUGCUGCUGGCUGCUCCCACGCUGUACGGCUUCUCAAUGAUCAGCGGACUGGGUCUGAGACCGAUUGUGGGGAUGCUGCUGCUGUGCGGCGCUCUGGUGAAUGGACCGUACGCCCUCAUCACCACCGCCGUGGCGGCUGAUCUGGGAACCCACAAGAGUCUGAAAGGAAAUGCCAGAGCGUUAUCCACCGUCACGGCCAUCAUCGAUGGAACAGGAUCUGUUGGAGCGGCCCUGGGCCCCCUGCUGGCCGGCCUCCUGUCCGCCGGCGGCUGGAAUCAGGUCUUCUACAUGCUGAUGGCUUCUGACUUCAUCGCUCUGUUGCUUUUACUGCGGCUUGUUACAAAGGAGCUGGCCUCAUGCAAAUCCCAUCCCAUCUUCACUGUGGAGUUGAAGGAGCAUUGAAGACACACACACACACACAUACACACACGAUAUUGAAGCCACUUGUGUCCGACGGUGAAGCAGCUGAAGAAGUGGAGCCGUGGAGCUCGGAUCUGCAGCCGCUCCACCGGGAGGUUCGGGCAGCGCUUCCUGAACCUCCACACGUCCUGACCUUCUUUUUCCUCCUCUCCGGCCGUCGCUCGCGGCCUGAGGUAUGAGAGGAGCCGUACUCUGAACAUCUUCAUUGGGAUUUUAGCUGAAGUGAAUAUGGCAUUUCUCACAGUAGCAGCUAUUGAAACAGCAGCUUCCAGGGCUGAUGAUGAAAACCUGACACUCUUCUCCCUCUGCAAACGGCUUUCCUCUUACGAUAAGUACAUGAAGGAUAGUUUUUGUUUUUCAGUGUGUUUAUUUUGUGGAUUUUAUUUAAGUCUGUUAAUCUCAUCAGACUGUAAGAACCUUUAAGUCAUCACCGGUUUAACUCGACUCUUUCUAUAGAAUUUUUCACGGCUUUAAAAGCUUCAUCACUUGACACGGAAGUCACACAGUAGUAAAAACAACUGAGACAAGGCUUACACCAGGGAGUCUGAUGAUUGAUGGACUGCCUCACUUUGUCUUUCUCAUCUGAUCCAAUCCUUGAACCCUUGAUUUUCGUGCCUUCCGUCCAUGUUUCAGAGCGUUUUGUAGACAUGUGGAGCCGCUGACUCUCGCUCCGGUGGUAAACCUGAGCGCCCACAGCCUCAGGCCACUUUGUUCUCCAGGUCCCAGCAGGCCUGCUCUGGGACCUGUGCUCCUCUCCUGUUGGUAGCCUGUACUGCCCCCUUGUGCCUGAACAGUUACAUUUCACAGGAUGAACUGCAGUCUGUGUGUGUGUGUGAUGUUUUGAGCGAGUCUCCAGACAGACGCUGUGAUCCUCCUGGUGUGACCGCUGAGAGCGUUUCCCUCGCCUGGAAGCUGCUGUUUCUCUCACUUUGCCUUACUGAACCAAAGAGAUUAUCCGAUGACAGUGUCAUUUAAAUUAUUUCCAUUUUAUUUCUGUAUCUUUUCAGUUUUGUGGAGGGGUUGUUUUUAUUUAAAUUUUGUUGUGAAAUGAAGGCGCCAAAGCUGUAUUUUUAUACAUGGAGAGUUUUUCUUGAGUGGGAGGAUGACCUGACAUAUGAUGAAUGUAAAAUUCCGUCAAUGCUCAUGGUUCUAAUUUCUAGUGCAAUGCGGACAACGAAGUUUUGUCCUUCUAGAAGCUGCUCAUAGUGACUCUAGUGAUCUGAAAAGAAUAUUUAAAUAUUGAACAUUUCCAAUGAAAAGCAACAAAAUAGUGAAAAAAACUUGCGAUUUCUUUUAUAUUUAUCAGUAUAAUCUGUUAAUUUAUUGUGAAACUACAAACAUGGUGAUGUGUUGAUGUUAUAUUUCUGCAUCUCUGGGAUGAUUCCUUGGUGGUAGCAUUGAGAAUAUUUUUCGGCCUUCCUCACAACAGGACCACGUGUUGUGUGUAUUUAUUCCGUCGUUGGUAGGGCCGCUACUUGAAAACAUGAUGUGCCUGUUUCCCUUCGUCUUUCUGUGGGUCGGUUGGAGCGAUUACUCCAAAAACUAUUGUGAGAAGAAAAAAAAAUAAACGUGUUGUUUUCUGCAGCC